ACUUAUAUAAGUAGGCAUGUGACACAAGACAAACACUUCCUAGUUGAUGAGAAAGUGUGAAAGAGUUUCCUCCAAUUAGAUCAAUUAUUCCAUUAAUCAUUGCAAGGCUUAAUAAAUCUUCCUCUUCUAAUAUUUUUCUUUAUCUUCAUUUUGUUCAAUAAUAGAAAAAGGGAAAAGAAAUAAAAUGGGAGGCACAAAAGAUGAAGAAUUUCAGAAAGGAAAUUACAAAUUUGAAGAGGAAGGAGAGUUUGAUGAUGAUGGGAAGCCCAAAAGAACCGGGACUGUAUGGACUGCAAGUGCACACAUUAUAACAGCAAUCAUCGGAUCAGGAGUACUAUCAUUAGCAUGGGCUACAGCACAAUUGGGAUGGAUAGGAGGAAUCGGGACCCUUGUAAUCUUCUCCGGUAUCACACUUUACACAUCAAAUCUUCUUGCAGAUUGUUAUCGAUCUCCUGAUCCAGUCACCGGUAAAAGAAAUUACACGUACAUGGAAGAAGUUCGAGCCAAUUUAGGCAGAUCGAGCUGCAUUGCUUGUGCAGUUGUGCAGUACGCUAACUUAACUGGAAUGGUUAUUGGUUACACAAUCACCGCGUCUAUAAGCAUGGUGGCGGUCCAUAAAUCGAACUGCUUCCACAGGAAAGGACAUGGUGCAGCUUGCAAGUUUAGCAACAAUCCUUAUAUGAUUGGUUUGGGAAUAUUUGAAAUUUUUCUAUCUCAAAUACCCAACUUUCAUAAGCUAACUUGGUUAUCAACUGUUGCUGCAAUUAUGUCUUUUGGGUAUUCUUCAAUUGGUAUAGGACUUGCACUUACUAGGAUAAUUUCAGGGAACGGAGGCAGGACAACAAUAACAGGGGUGGAAGUAGGCAUAGAUGUAACAGCUGCUGAUAAAACAUGGAGAAUGUUUCGAGCGCUUGGAGAUAUCGCGUUUGCUUACACUUUUUCUCAAGUACUUGUCGAGAUUCAGGAUACACUAAAAUCGACACCAGCAGAGAAUAAGGUGAUGAAGAAGGCAAAUACGAUAUCAGUGUUCACAACCACUGCAUUCUACAUGAUGUGUGGUUGCUUAGGCUAUGCUGCGUUUGGAAAUGGUGCACCAGGAAAUAUGUUAACUGGAUUCGGGUUUUAUGAGCCUUUUUGGUUGGUAGACUUGGCUAACAUCUUCAUUGUCAUUCACUUAGCCGGUGCAUAUCAGGUAUUUGCUCAGCCCGUAUAUAGCAAGGUGGACUCAUGGGCCAGCGAGAAGUGGCCCAACUCAACAUUUGUAAAAGGAAACUAUCCCAUAAAAUUAGGCAACAAAACAAUUUUCAGCUUGAACUUACUUAGGCUUAUAGGAAGAACAAUGUUUGUGAUCUUAGCAACCACAUUGGCUAUGGCAAUGCCCUUCUUCAACGAUAUUCUCGCGUUUCUUGGAUCACUCGGGUUUUGGCCCUUGACGGUGUACUUUCCAGUCGAGAUGUACAUCGCAAAGAACAACAUAAAACGAGGCUCAAUGAAGUGGUUUAUGCUCCAACUACUCAACAUACUUUGCUUGCUUGUGUCCUUGGCUGCAGCUGCUGGCUCAAUUCAGGGUGUUGGUGAAGCUCUUGGUUCCUCCAAACCCUUCCAAGUUAAAGUAUGAAACAUGAUCAAGAUUCUUUAUCAUAAUCGUAUUCAGUGUAUUCCGCCCAUAAAAACUAUAAUGAGGGUCUGAAGAUGGUAAUCCAUAUCUAUGAAUCAUGAAUAUGAUUUGCAAUAGGUUUGUUCCAACUUGUAGUGAUCAAGUCCUUUUUUUUUUUUUUUUUUUUUUUUUUUAUGGCAAUGUGUGUGUGGAAGUGAUGUUAUUUCUUAAUUUAUUUUUGUAUUUUUGAGCAUGCACUUCUGGUUCGACCAAUCUAUAUACUUUGAUCA